UGUUUUUAAGUUGACUCAUUAUUUUUAAUAUUAAAAUUAAACUCUUAAUUUAUUGUUUUCAUCACCUGGCUCAUAUAUAUACCACCCACUAUAGCACUAUCACCACCACCAACUCCCCUUCUUUGAAAACAAUACCACACCCAAUAUUCCUCUGUUUCAACCAAAUACCAUUUGAGAAAAAGGUUCAAACUUUGGUUCUGGGGAGGUGUGUUUCCAUGGUCAUGCCUAUGCCCAUUCAAUCUCAGUUAUACCCCAACAAUGCCAAUGGAUUUUCCACUGGUGGGGCCAUUGAUUUCAAUUUCAAUUCACUCCAGAAACAUCAUCACCAUCAACAACAACAGGGGCCUAUUGAUCCUAGUGUUCUUGUUCACAAUUCAAAUUCCUUGCCUUCUCUUCAGAAGGACUGGCAGGAGAUAGAUCAGUUUAUCAGAUAUCAGCAUGAACAGACGAGAUUGAUGGUACAAGCGAAAGGAAGCCAAUAUGUGGAAGCAAUGCUGAAAGAUAUGGAAUCCCAAUCACUUCUGAUGCUGAAGAAGAAGGAUGAAGAAAUUGCACAGGCUGCAAAUAAAAGGUUAGAGCUUGAACAUUUCAUAAGAAAAUUGGAAGCAGAGAAUUGGAUUUGGAGGAAGGAGGCUCAGGACAAAGAAGCCAUGGCUUUGGCACUCUACACAGCCUUGGAAGAGCAGAAGGAAAUAAUAGCUUGUUCUCAAUCUCAUGGUUUUGUGGCAAAUGAGGCUGAUGCUGAGUCUCAUUGGGGUGAAACAAAUGGUGGGAAUGAUGAAGAAGAAGGAACAGGGGAGAAGAACAGAGUGGAACAAAAACAGAGUACAAGAAAAGAUGAAGUGAUGGUUUGUAAAAGCUGUCAUUCUAGGAAGUCGUGCUUUCUAUUCCUUCCAUGCAGGCACCUUGCUUCGUGCAAAUCCUGUGAUGCUAUUCUCAAGGCUUGCCCUGUUUGUGGAAUGCAAAAGAAGUCUAGCAUUGAGACUUUGAAUUUCUAGGCUGAUGAUAUUUUCUAGAAAAGUAGUAGUAGCAAAUACACAGAACCUUCAAUAGGUUGUUUAAUCCUUCUAGUCUAGGCUUACUUUAGUUUUAUGGUUUUAAUUUAAUGUCUUGUUGCUUUUCUUUUCCCUUUAUAUCUUGAUAUGUGUACUAAAAAGGACAAUCAAUACCAUUACAAGAUAAUUUGCUGAAUAUAA